AUGAGUUAUGACGUUAUCGAAAAAGGGGUGGCGUCAAACACGCGUCGAACUAUAAAAUGUGAGUGGAUGAGCCCCGAAGUCGCAGAAAAAGUGUGCUACAGUAAUCUUCCCGAUGCUUCUUCUUCUUCUUGGGCUCUUUUUUGGAGCCGUGAGCUCGUCGAAAGUAGAGCAAGUGCAUCUGAGUGUGAGCGGAAAAAUGGACGAGAUGGUGGUCACCUGGAUCACUAUGGAUCCAUGUAAGUUCUUUUUCAUACAACACCCUCCCUCCAAAUGCACUAUUGUCAAUUACAGUGCCCAGUGUGACACCCUACGUGGCCUACGGUAUGACCAAAGAUGCGUUGCGUUGGACCGCGAAAGCCAACACGACUUCUUGGAAAGAUCAAGGAUCGAAUGGAGUGGUGCGGUACACGCAUCGCGCUAUUAUGCAGAACAUGGUACCUGGAGACUUGUAUUGUGAGUUUGAGACGGCAUAUUUGUUUUGGUGUCCCUUACCCCGACACUUGCAGACUAUCAAGUGGGCAGUUCGCAAGCCAUCUCGGACACCUUCCACUUCUACCAACCGGAUCCAUCGCACCCUUUGAGAGCUGCCAUCUUCGGAGAUCUCAGCAUCUUCAAGGGGCAGCAAUCGAUCGACCAACUGAUCAUCGCCACGCGCAACCAUCAAUUCGAUAUUAUCAUUCACAUCGGCGACUUGGCCUACAACCUUCAAGACGAUGAUGGAAACACUGGAGACGCCUAUAUGAACGCGAUUGAGCCAUUUGCGGCGUAUGUGCCUUACAUGGUGAGUGGUGUAAGCUAUGGCGUGGCCUUAGAUAUUCCUAGUUAGUUAAGGCUUCUCCUACCGCUUUGAAACCGCACAACCUUUGCCCGUUCAGGUAUUCGCUGGAAAUCACGAGGUGGACUCCAAGUUCAAUCACAUCGUAAACCGCUUCACAAUGCCCAAGAACGGAGUGUACGACAAUAACCUCUUCUGGAGUUUCGACUACGGUCUCGUGCACUUUGUCGCGCUCAACUCGGAGUAUUACGCCGAAGGAAUGGCCAAACAGACGGAGGAACAGUACAAAUGGCUGGAAGCGGACCUGGCGAACAACAAAGCCACGUGGACUAUUGUGAUGUUCCAUCGGCCGUGGUACUGCUCGACCAAAUCGGAGAAGGGGUGUCAUGACGAUGAGGACAAGCUGUCGCGGAAGGGAGAUGACGUGUUUCCGGGACUCGAAAAGCUGUUCAAACAGUACAAAGUGGAUCUGAUAUUGUACGGCCAUAAGCACACUUACGAGCGCACGUGGCCGAUUUACAACAAGACUCCAUUCAAGACCGCCGAUCCAGCACACAUCAAAAACGCCGAGGCACCCGUUUUCAUUCUAACUGGCGGAGCGGUGAGUACCCGGAUUCGAAACUUUUUGCGCUCAAACUAUUUUUGUCCAUUUUGCAGGGCUGCCACUCACACGAAGACCCGUCGGACCACAUUAUGCAGGAUUUCUCGGUAAAAGCGCUCGGCGAGUACGGAUACACCUUCCUGACGGUCUACAAUUCGACCCAUCUUAGCACUGACUUUGUGGACACCUCAACCGUUUCUGGAGAGUUCUUGGACCCAUUUGUGCUCGAGAAAGACUAA